AUGAACACAUCAGAGGGCUUAGUUCAACCGACAAGGAGUGACUUUAAAGAAAGUUGGUUGUCCCCUGAGAUAGGUGAGAAAAUUAGUCUGGUGCAAGAAUGGAUUAAUGGUACAGGGCAAAAGUUGCUAGACUCUCAGACAUCCAAGCCGUACAAUUUUGAAGAAGCUUCGCAAAUACGUAAAGCACAUGAACAGUUCGAAUUUAAGUGUAUGAAAGCUUUGGAAGUUUUCGCUGAGCUUUGUGACUACAGGAAACAAAGUAGCAUCAACUUGGAGCUGAGUGAGCUGGACUACAUGGUGCAGAGUUUUGUUGAGAAACUUAACAAAAGGACAUUUUUUGUCGUUUCAUGUUACACUUAUUUUAGACUGGUUGAAGAACUGUGGUCAGUCUUGGAAGAGCUUCAAAAACGAGCCAAGGAGGUAGACACAUAUGAUGGCUCAUCUAUCAAGAAUGCCAUUAGUGAUUUAGAGAAUGGGGUUGAAAAAUGUGAGGUACGAUUAAAUGGAUUGGCGCAUGAACUGGAACGGCUCAGAAUAAUCUUGAAACCAUCUGAUCCUGAUUAUCUAGGACAGUUGGAAGAUGGUUUCAGAGAUGCCUGUCGAGCAGCUACUGAAGCUACGCAAUCGCUUAAGAUCCGAAAACUUGUGCUCAAGAAACACUCCAAAUUACUUGAAUGUGAAGAAAAUGUUUAUGAAUCGAUUGGUUGGAUAGAAGAACUUUACGAAAACAUUGAAGUUAUGUACCAGGAAAAUUGUGUUGGAAAAAAUCAACUUGAAUCAGAGGAUCUUUUGAAAAAACAUCAUGAUAUUGAUAAUCAAGCAAAGACAACUUAUGCAUAUUGUAUACAGUUAUUAGAAACAUACGGAAAGUUAUGUGAAGCAGAUGGCAGACGGUUACCGCGUAAUGUAGGACUCAGUAAAACAAGACUUUUUCGUAUAUGGCCAAAGUUAACAGACAGACUGCUUGAAUUGCAGGCAAGAACAGAGACUGCAAAGAAGGUAUAUUUAACAACUGAUAUGCUUCUAACUCGUGUUCAAGAAUACCUUCUGGAGUUAAGCCGUAGUCCACCAAUAUUUGAUCGUAAAUGUGGUUCACCGACAACUCAGGGGAUGUCACCCGUUCCAAAUGAUCAAAGGUGUGCACAGUUAGAUAAACUGUUGCAGGAGUUCUCAUCUGUCAAGAUAACUGGCUUGCAGCUUAUUGAUAAACUUCCGAAAGGGCUAUUACAAGAAGAUAUUAUAGUUAAUGCACAGAUAACUGAUGAAGUAAUUCGUGUGAUACGUUUAAAACUGUAUACAUUAUGGUUAAAAGUAAGAGAGUAUGAAUACGCUUUAUUAGGUCGAAAUUCAUUGGAUAAUACAACAGCUAGUGAACUUGCUCCAGAUUGGCGUUCUCCCAGGCUGUUAUCUCGUUCAUCGAAUUCUACAAUGCGUCGAGUAGGAUCUAUAUUUGACGGGGAUUUUAGUCCAGUUACAAUGGUUUCACCCCAAGUAUCAUCCGUGCAAGAAAGAAAGAAUCGACCUGGAAAUCCGCUAGCAAAUGAGUUGUGCAAUCAUAAUGGUUCAGAACAAUCAGAUGAUAAAGGACAGUGUGAUCCUGUUGAUCGACAACACUAUUCUACAUAUCAGAUGAAACAAAGCAGUGGAAGUUAUAUGAUGAGAAAUUCUAACAUACUACUACAACCAGCUGAAAAACCUGUAAAAGCAGAACCUUCAUCAUUCAACCCUUUUGUACCAGACAACCAAAGAGAAAUCAAUAAAAGUAAUGAGGGAUUGAAACCUCAAGAAAAAGUGAAUGGUCAUGUGUCGAAUAAUCUUUUACAUUCGUUUAAAUGUCGAUUGGCAGAUUUAACAAGGAACAAUCUGACACGUGAUCCUGGUAAUACAGUAGCCGAUGCCGAAUUCACCAUUAAUGAACUUGAUCAGUCUAAAAUUGAAGCUUAUAAAUAUUUCGAUGAAGUGAAAAGUCAGUUGAAUUCAUCUCACAAAGAUAAUCAAUCUAACGCCAAGUUAUCAAAUCAGAAUAUUCUUACAGAAGCAAAAUAUCUUCUUGACGAUUGGACUGCUGAUUGGGUUAUACAACGAGAGAACCUGAGCUAUCGACUUGCAUUUUUAAAUCGUUUAGGCGAUUUACAAACAGAUUUAGGCGAGUGUAUUUCACGUUUAGAUCAGUUGAUAAAAGCCACUUGUUUGUCUGUUAAUUCAGCGUCUUCAUCUUAUACAAAUCAACAGAAUUCAAAUUUAUUAAAUAAGCUUGGAGGAACAGUUUUAUUUGACUCUGAGAUCUAUCAGCUGAAUACUAUUAAUGAAGAAGUGAAAGGAAUGUUACAGACUAUACCGGCACAAGAACAAUUUAUUCAUUCAUUAAUAAUUGAAGUGGAAAACUGUGAAAAAUUCCGUUUCCCUGAUCAUGUCACAAAGAUUAGAAGUAUGUGGAGGGAGUAUACUGAAAACUUAAAUAUUUUUAAAUCUUUCAUACAAAAUUUAGUGAAGGCUUAUAAUAUCAUUCCUGAAUUGGAGAACUUCAGAGCAAACUAUUUAAACUGUUUAUCAGAUGCCAACAAGCAAAGGUCACCUAUACCUUCAAAUGAAAUUGACAGUCAUCAUUUGGAACAAGCAAUUCUUGGUAUUAUCAAACCAGACUGUCUAUCUCCCUACGCUGAACAAAUCAGUCAAUUAUCUUCUAUUCAACCUGAUGUUUCAUGGUUAAUACAAUAUUUAACUAAUCAAUUGCAAUUGAUCAAAGAAUCACAAGAGGAAUUGGAUAUGUUGAUGCUUAACAUGCGUGUAACCGGCUCAUCACCAGUUGAUCUUUCAGAGUUAAUCAAUAAACCUGGUACUGAUUCUAAUCAUAACAAAAACAAUCAAAAUGAUCCCGGCCAUCAAAAGAGAUAUUCCAAUCAUAAAAAGAAUUUAUCAGAUCUAUCCAAUUCACAGGUUACUUCAGGGCUACCAUCCUCUUCAGAGGCAAGUUCAUCCAUGCUGCUUGGCAGGAAUAGGAAACCAGCCUUGCCAUCACCGCAUCUUUCUUAUCCAGAAAGUAUAAACUCUGAGAAAUUCAUGCCUAGAAAUAAUUUAAACAGUAAUAAUAAUAAUAACACUGAGAGCAAUAUAAAUGAAAGCAAUUCUGCACCAUCUAUAUUAUAUUCCUCAUGGAAAAUCAUUAAACCGUUGAGUAAUGUUCAGAGUAAACUAGGUGAAACAGUUCGUUUUCAGUGUCAAUUUAAUGGUCCAUUGCGUGAAAGUGAAUUCAGUGUUUCAUGGUUCUAUAGACCAUUUCAAUUUGUUAAAGGACAAUUGAGUUAUGGGGCCAAAGAACGCAUCAGUAUAACAAAUGACAGUAAUAGUAAUAAUAUUGUAGAAAAUAUUAGCGUGGAUUUUGUUGAAUUAAUCAUCAAUAACGUUUCAGAACACAGUGCUGGAUUAUACACUUUACGUAUUAAGAAUGAGAAAACUGGUAAAGCGAUGAAAAGUAACGCUUCUUUAAGUAUUAUUCCAGUCGUUAUUGAAAAUAAGUCCGAUGUAAAGGCUGAAAUUCUGGAUCCAUCUACAGGACGUCUUAAACCAGUUACAAUAACAGUUAAUUAUAAUGGACUGUGUAUAAUCCCUGCUGUGAAAUGGACAUACAAUGGUUCACCUUUGAAUCAAACUAUAUGGCAUACUGAUACAGAUGUGAAUAGAAGUAUACUAUUCUCAUCGAAUGCAAAUAUUACUGAUAAAGGAAUUUAUGAAUGUGAGAUAACAGAUCUUGUGUCUAAUACUAAACUGAGAACAAGAAGAUCUUUAUUGAUACAACCAUUCGUUCCAGUCAAAGAACAGUCUCUUGUUUUCAAUGAUAGCAAUGGAACUGUAGGUAUGGUGUUUGCUGGUGAUCCGAUAGCUAUACGGUGUCCUCUACCCUCCGCUAUAAAGCCUGGAUCGAAUAUAAUAGUUAACUGGAUACAUAAUCAACAAAUAAUUUAUUCAUACAACACACUGGUACCAAAACAACACAGUGUCAACAGAAUGAUCUCUAGUAAAUUGGCGACUUUUGAAAGCAAUCACUUUCAGCAUAAUGAAACAAUAUGGAGGACAUACUUAUUGGAUAAUCAUUGUGUUCUAACUACAGAUCGCGUUCAUAAUACAGAUGAAGGUGUUUACAAGUGUCGAAUAAAAUCUGACUCCAGUAUCUAUGAAUCCUCAGGAUCAUUAACUCUAGUCAAAGCUGUAAAAUUCUCUAAACACCUGCCAGACAUAUCAAGUGUUUGUGAAGGUGAUAAGAUUAAACUGGAAUGUUGUUGGGAUCAAUUAUCUUUAAAAAUCAAUUGGUAUUUAAACAAAAUACUACUGGACAUUGAACAAGCUAAGAAAUUAAACAUAAGUACAAGUUUUAACAAUGGAUUGAUCACUUUACUGAUUGAUAAUGUAUCUUCUGUACAUGAAGGUGAUUACUGUUGUGAAGUAACAACUUCAGAAGGUGUAAUUCAAACGAAUGGAAGAUUGCUAAUAAGAUCGAACUCUUCACACUCCAAGUCAAUAGUGAAUAAACCUAAAAUCAUUGGAAAAAUCAAAAAAUCUGCUGAUCCAAUCUCCACUAAUGAGUGUCUAGUAUUGACUGUCACUUACAUGUCAGAUUCUAUUCCUAAAGUCACCUGGCUAAAGGAUGAUGAAAAAAUCAAUGUCAACAGUUCUCGUCUGAAGAUGAAUAAUGCAGAAAAUGAAAGCAGUUUAAUUAUCUAUAAUACUCAACCAGAGGAUACUGGCUUCUAUUCAGUAGAACUGAGUAAUUCGGCAGGUACUUGUCUAGAGACAAUAUUCGUCGAAGUGAAGAGUAAGGAGAAGGCAAACAUUCAUAAUGGAGUACUCAGCAAUCACGAAAACCAGCGUAUUCCAAAUGGUCACAUGUCUGAUAAAUCUACUGUGCAAGAGUCCAGUAAUAACUAUGAUAAGCACUUGUAUGUCAGCCAGUUAUCCGGAGGCAUUACAAAGCCGAAAGUAAUAAUCCAUGGUCCAGUAGAUAUGAGAGUGAAUUAUGCUGACACGCUGCGUUUAUUUUGUAUUAUAAGACAAAGUAAAGAAUCGUUUUUCGUUCACUGGACGCAUAAUGGACAAGUGUUGAAAAAUUCUUCCUCAUCCAAUCAUACAUUUGGUGUACAAACUUGGGCAAAUUAUCCUAAAAAUGGAUUUUAUAUGUUGGAAAUAAAAUCUGUCAAUUUACAAGACAAGGGAUUUUAUGGAGUGACUGUUUCCAGAGUAUCAGAUGUGUCUGGGAAAAUGGUUAAUGGAACAGUAGCAGAAGAAGAAGCUGUUUGCUGGGUUGAAGUUGAUGUUAGUAAAUCUGUAGAGAAGAAAUCAGCACCGACUAUUGUAAACGAUGGUCUUCCUUCAAUGAUUGAAGUUACAGAAGGUCAAAUGGUUCAUUUAGAAUGUAAAGUGGUUGGUAAUCCUCCACCUUCUUACUUUUAUCUUAAAGAUGGUGAUAUGGUAACAACAUCGACGAAUUUAGAAUUCCAGGUGUCUCAGGUAGAUGGAAUAUAUCGACUGACUCUUCCAAGGGUGACCAAGUUGCAUUCUGGUACAUGGGAUUUAAUAUGGUACAAUUCACAAGGCUUACUAGUUAAAUCUUGUCAACUGUUUGUAACAGAACAGUUGAAUGGUCAUUUGAAUCAAGAAAUUAAAACAAAAACUAGUGAAACAAUUAUUAAUUUAAAACCAUCAGUUAGGCAAUUACAGUCAGGCAAUUCAUUAGUUUUUACACAAGAAACACCAGUUGAAGAACUACCAGUUGAGAGAAAUUUCGAAAGUCGAUUGAAUUCUCUGGAGAAUAAAUCAAACCAAGUAAUUUUAAGAAAUGAUUCUAAGCUGGAACAACCACCUGAAUUCAUUUCCAUGUUUACAGACAAAACUGUGACUAGCGGAGAGACGGUUUGUUUAAGAUGUUCGUUGAAAGGGAAUCCUACACCUGUGGUUCAAUGGAAAUUUAAUGGAAAGAUUCUUAAUCUACCUAGUGAGAGAAUUCGUCUAAUUCAUUUUGAAAAUGAAUAUUCCCUGAUUAUAUAUGAUGCAUGUUUAAAUGAUAUUGGUCGGUAUGAAAUGACAGCUGAGAAUGUUGCUGGUCAAGCAACUUGUUCAGCUCACCUUCUAGUAAACUGUGCAGAGAAAACUCGACGGCAUGCCAGUCCAUCCAGUGAACCAGAAUAUACUACAUACCAUCAAGAAGACUUUGAUUACGAUCGAUAUAGUAGUAGUGUACGAGCGUCAAGGGAACACUGUCAUUCUGAAACACAAACACCGGAGAAUAAAAGAUCAUCACUUAUUCGUUCAAUCAGUGCUCCACUGUCACAAAUUGAACCUAAUUUAAUUAGUCAAAAUGGUCAAACGUUGUUAACCUGCCGUAUGUGUUGUGCACCGAUUAUUCGUGGAGGUGAAGACAAUUUUCUAGUGAAGUAUCCUAAACAUAAAUCUGAAUUUUUACAAACUAACAAUUAUAAUGCAACUUACUCACGAGGAAAACCAUGGACAGUUAGACGUCACAAGUGUUCAAGUGCUAUAUCACGCAAAAUGGUCGGAUCAGGUACACAAACAAGGCUGUCAAGACAUCGAAGUGAAGGAUCUCUUCUGCACCAGUGCCCCUACUGCGAAACUUUAAUGUUACCUGUAAAUCCACCAAAUCUAACAAAAACAAAACGCUCCAAAAUGGAAAGAGUUUUCAGCUAUCCGAAUGAGAAUCAGGACCCAACAGACCAACAACAAGAAACGGAAGAAGCUAUUUAUUACUACCAACCAAAUUAUAAGCAGAUUGUUGUUUCACACAAAACAAUACGUACAAAACACACUAAUAUCAAGAAGACCACAGACUCCCGUUCACCAUCAUCUCCGAUAUUAUGUGAAAUAAAGUCACCAGCUGCUUCUUCAGAUAUCCCUCAUAAAUUUGCUAAUCGAUGCCGUGAAAUACCAAUUCGGAUACAACGUAACGAUUCUGAUGACAAUGAAAAUAAAUCAAAUUACUUUUCAGUACAUUGUAAAAUUAACCCAUCCACAAAAGCCAAUCCGCAUUCUCCUGAAGGGACAGUUAGUGUUGUUGAAAGUUCAGACAAUGAUUCAACUGCUUUUUAA